AUGUCUGCUGCCUUCGAAGACGAAAGACUCUACUCUGAACGAUCCGAAUGGGCAGAUGUCGUCCCCAUACAGCAGUAUCAGGGCAUUGACCCUCUCGCUCCCAUCAACUACUCGGUAGAAUACCAAGAUGCGACGGACUACUUUCGAGGCAUCGUCAAGACGGGAGAAAUGAGCUCAAGGGUGCUGCAGCUCACAGAGCACAUCAUCCGAAUGAAUCCUGCCCACUAUUCUGCAUGGCAAUACCGCUACCGCACGCUGCUCGCGCUCAACUCCUCGCUCGAGGAGGAGCUGCGGCUGAUGGACAGGUACGCUAUCGAGUACCUCAAGACGUACCAGGUGUGGCACCAUCGCCGGCUGCUGCUCACCGCCCUGCGCUCUGUUGACGCCGCAGCGGCGGAGCUCGCGUUCAUCGCGCGUGCGCUCGAGACAGACACGAAGAACUACCAUACGUGGUCGUACCGCCAAUGGGUGCUCGCGCACUUCAACGACGAGGAGCGCCUGUGGGCGGGCGAGCGUGGCUGGACGGACGAUCUUCUCGAGCAGGAUGUAAGGAACAACUCGGCGUGGCAUCAUCGUUUUUUUGUCGUGUGGGAUAGCGGCGUGCGGCAGGGGGACGAGGACCGCGAGGAGGUGCUUAGAAGAGAGCUGGCGUUCACGAAGGAGAAGAUCGCACUCGCGCCGAACAACCCCUCCGCGUGGAACUACCUCCGCGGAGUCCUCGAGCGCACACAAGUGCCGUUCAAUACGCUUUCGUCCUUCGUGAAGCUGUACAUCUCCUCAGUGCGCCCCGAUCCGAAUGACGUGCUGGACUUGGACGUGCCUCCGCCCACGGAAGGCGCCGAGCUGCCCUCCGUGAACGCUCUCGAGUUCCAGGCGGACAUAUACGAACAGGAAGGCGGGGAGCAGAUUGGCAAGGCCGUUGAGAUUUGGAAGUCAUUGGGGGACGAGUAUGAUACGAUGAGGAAGAAGUAUUGGGAGUAUCGUAUCAGGGAGGCGCUUCAAACCAAGUGA